UGACCGCUAAUAAUGUUAGUAGGCGGUUAGUUUGAAAGAUUAUCGGCAAAAAAUGUUUUUAAUUAUUUUGUAAACAAUGAAUGUAUAAAUUCAAUUUAAUGAUGAAUUUCAAUUAAUAUAACUUGCAGCACUUGAGCAAACGUUUUAUUUACAAUGAAUUCAUCCAUCGUAAUACUCUCUGGAUGAUCAAUAACUACAACGUGUAUCCUAGGUGAUAAUGCUCUUACUUGUAAGCGAUUGUUGGUUUUUUUCCCAACUGAUGCUGAAAUUUUGCAAAUUAUCCCAAUGUUAACCAUUUUUCUAUAAAAAAGAACAGAAGAUCUUUAGACUUUUAUACCAAUAUGAAGGACGCAAAAUCUAAAACCUCUUGCUAUUGUGGCAAAUCCGCAGCACAGCCAGUAAAGUUAGUGUGCUGUGUGAAAUGCAAGAGAUGGUUGCAUGCAGGUUGUGUAAAAAGUCUUGGAGAAAAAAUUCUGCAUGGCGACAAAUUUUACAUUUUAGUUUGUUCUGUAUGCAACCCUGGAUCUGAGUGCUUAGCACGACUUGAAUUUACUUGGUCUGAAUUGAUACAUCUGGUGCUUUAUCAUCUUACUAUUCAGAAACAACAGAAAUAUUUUCACAUAGAUCAUGAAAUUCUACCUUUCUUUGUGGAAAAUUGGGAUAAGUUGAAUCUAUUUGGAACUGUUUUAACAACAAAGAAGGAAGAUAAACGUGCAACAAUAGUUCAGGUGUUAUCAAAUGACUCUUCUAAAUUCAAGAAUGGAAAAGAAAUCAAGAAGAGUAAAUUCAUAUGGGCUUUAAGAGUCAAAGUACCUCCUGAACCUCCACCAGUUUAUCCUUCAUCUGUUAAACUCCAUAAUGAUACAUUGGUUUGGGAAUUUCAAGUGAUGGAUAAAAAAUAUCAUAUCCUUAAUAAAAAUGUGCAAAAAAAUGGUCGCAAUAACUUAAGAACUGGAAAAAACAAAUCUAAGCUUGCACUUAAUGGCUCAAGCAAAAAGAACAUAGUUUCCAAAUGCAGGGGUGGUUUGCCAUACAAUGAAAAUGGUAUCCAUAAGGCUAAAAGCAAAACGAAACAUCCGACUACUGUUGUUUUCAAUGAAGAAUCUGCUCUAACAGGACUAUUAGAUUCACUGAUUCCUCCGCCCCCUGACUUUCAAAGUUUUAAUAACCCGUUUUGCAAAUUGAAGAAAAAAAAUUCAGACAAAAAGCUUACUUCACAAAGUGAAACCAAAGUUCAAAAUAAAAGACGAUGGAAUGGUGAUAUGGUUCGUAGUGGAACAACUCAACAAAAUAGUGAUAGCCAAUCAGCUAAAGUUCCUCCUUCAAAUUGUCAUAAGAAAGGAAUUUCGAUUUUCAAAGCCAAAGAUAUUUUUAGUCAUAAUUCAGAAAAAAAUGUGAAAAUUAGUUUUAGUGUUUUAGGUAAAAGAAUAACAAGCUACGGAGAAAUACAGUACCUUUUCCAAAAGAAUAGGGAAAUUAAGGAACCUGUUGCUGGAAAAAAGUUGACAAAAAUCAAAAUUUUAUGCAAAUGUCCUAAUUGUAAGACAUUAAAAUAAGUCAUGCUGUUGUAACUUUUAAUGCAUGUUGUAUGAUUAACCUGUUAUACUAAUUGCAAUUGUUUUUAAUAUGGUGCUUCACUUAAUAGUGUGCAUUUUAAACGAUAAUUUUUUUUUUUCAAACUGAGCUUAGCUUAGAGUUUUACUUUCCUCUUCUUUUUGACGUCUUCUUUUUUUUCCUUUUUUUUUCUUUUUUUUUUGUGCUACUUUCUAUACAGUUUGGUUUUGUUGACCCUGUAGUCUUUUGUAUGCAUUGAUCUGCAAAGAAUCCUGUUUGCAUUUUUACCAUUGUAAAUAUUUAAAAUAUUUACUAAGUUUUUAAUAAAUAUCCAGAUUUUUAUAUAUUUAUUCAUGUAAAUACAAAUCGCCUUAAAUUUGUAAUAUUUAUAAAAAAAGCUAU